AUGAGUUCAAAAGAGAAAUCUGAGGACCAAUUGGGCCGACAAUGGGAUAAAUUCAUCUCCAAUUCAGUGCUCAAAAUGGGUUCGUGUUUGCCAUCAAUGGUCUCAUCCGUGAUGACCGGUACGGGUGUUAUCAUCGGUAGUGUCUUCUCAUUACUGGUCUUCCGACGAAGAGUCUGGCCGUUAGUGUUUGGUUCGGGCAUU